UCAACCAAACCCCUUCAAAUACCCUCAACGAUUCCAAAAUCCUCACACCAUCUCCACAAUCUUCUUCAAUUCACUCAACCAAACUUCAAGAUUCAAGAAUAUUCCAAAAAGAAAUAUGAAAAUAUACGGAAAAAAUGGAAGCUUUCUUAUUUUCUUGGCGAUUUUAAUGGCGUUUUGUUGGGAAACAGAAGGUGCUGAAGUAACAUGUGAACCUCAAUAUGGGUUCUUGCCAUGCACAAGUGGUCUUUGGGGACAACUUUUCUUGAUCGUGGUUUAUCAAUACUUGAUGUCUAUCGGUCAAAGUUAUAUUUCAGACGGAUCAGAUAAGUUUUUCAGCCUUGUUGGACCGGGUAUCUUUGGGGCUAGUUUCUUCCAUAUUCUUGCAAACUUCCCUACACUUUACAUCGUCCUUGAAUCACGAUUAUCAAGCGAUGACACAGGUGCAGCUUCUAGUGCUGCAAUGGGGAUGAGUGUGCUAGCAGGUUCAGCAGUCAUGAGCCUAACACUGAUUUGGCCAUCUGUAAUCGUUUUUGGAAGCUAUGAUCUUGCUGAUGAUGAUGAGACCAUUGAACCUCAACUUCCGGAUGAAGAGCCAUCAUUUCAAACCAAAUUAACAGCAUAUGGUGUUACAACCGAUAGUGAGACAAGCUAUACCGCGAGGCUCUUGCUCGUGGCAAUGAUCCCGUUUCUCUUUCUCCAAUUCCCUAAUAUCAUUAAUUCGGCUUCAGUAACACGUGUGUUAAUUUUAAUUGCUCUCGUUAUAUCGUUGAGUUUCUUCGUUGCUAACAUUGUGUAUCAGAUCUUCCAACCAUGGAUUCAAAACAGAUGGUUUGACUACUUGAGACAAAAGUUUGUGAAGAACAAAUUGCUGAAACUACUCUCUACAAAUGGAAAAGCAAACGUGAAGCUUAUUAAAGAUCUUUACAAGGAACUUGACAAUAAUCAUGAUGGUAAAGUGACCAAUGCUGAGUUGAAGACUUUACUGGUAGGAAUCCAGGUGCAAGCAGACGGUGAAUUGAGCCAAGGCCUUGUAGAUAGAAUCGUGGAUCAACUUGAUGUUACCGGAGAUGAAUUUAUUCAGGAGGAUGAGUUUGUUAGAGUACUAACGAAGUGGCUACAGGAUGCAAGGAAAUCACUCUCUAAGAAUGAUUACAACCCUCUUAGUUUCUUCACCAAACCUCAAGCGAAUGCGGAUGAAGAACAACAAGAGGCUUUGAUACCUAAGGAGACAACUAAUGAUGCUCAAGGUUCAGUUUGGGAUUACUUGGAGGCUUUGGCUUUGGUACUCAUUGGUAUUGUUGUGGCAGUUCUCAUUGCACGACCACUCAUAAUCACUGUUGCGACUUUUGCUACUGAGGCACACAUCCCCCAAUUCUUCAUUCCAUACUUUGUAAUACCGUGUAUGAUAAGCUUACCGCGUCUAUUAUCAAUAAUUGCCUCAGCAAACCAAAAGACUCAACGUGCAGCGUCUUUAACUCUUUCUCAGAUUUAUUCAGGAGUGUUUAUGAGUAACAUGAGUAGCUUGUCAACAUUUCUAGUAACGGUGUACAUAAAGGAUGUGCCAUGGGAUGUAUCUGCGCAAGUUCUGGUUGUGUUUGUAAUCUGUGUAGUAAUGGGGAUUUUCACAAGUACAAGGACAGUCUUCCCGCUAUGGACUGGUUUCGUCGGUUACCUGUUCUACCCUAUCUCGAUACUCAUGUUGUAUCUUCUUACUGUUGUGUGGGGAUGGUAAUAGGUUAGAUCAAUGAUGUAUCAUGCAUUCUACUUCUGAUUAUGUUCAUUUUUAUUUAUAAUGUACUUUCUGUCAUCCACAACAACUUUCUUUAUGUAUGUUUUCAAACAACGAUCUCGAUCAUUUAUGCUUUAUACACUUAUAUUUAUUUGCCA